CGAAGCACUUUUCAGAGUUUUGCUUUCGCUUUGCACUGAAUUAAUAUUUCAUUUUGGUCAUGAAAUAAAAGCCGAUGUGAAAGAAAUAUGUCCGCUAUUCUCCUAAAAUUUCAUCCUUGGAGAAAGAUGGUCACGUGACAUAGCUGCAGUCUCAACUGCAAGCGAAGAAAGAACGAUGAAAAUAAACAAUAGUGUAGGAUUUUUCAAACAAUUUCUAAGGUUUCGAAAUCUCUUGAACUGAUGAACGCAAUUCAAAUAUCUCGACUCCGUGGUCAUGAGAAAAUUUAAACGAGCUUUUUCAUUUUCUGAGUCAAAUCGUUCUCGACAAUUCGACAUAACAGAAACCAUCGAAGAACAUGCCGAAACCUUUGGCAGAGAAGAUGGAACUGAAAAUGGUCAUAAAAACGGCGGUUUCCAAACUGCAUAUAUGCAUGGCAAGUCAGAAGACAAUAUCAACACAUCAGACCAAAUAUCUCCUACCUUUAAAGACAACUUACCAAGACAACGAUCAAAAACGGAAGGCAAGCUAAAAUUGACAAAACGGCUGUCUCUUCCUGCUCUUAAUAUGAUCAAUGGUGUCUCUCCAAAAUCAAAGCAUAAAAACAAAGUUGUUAGCCCUCCGCUUGAUGAAAAAAUGUCAAGAACUGAAAGACGACUUUCCUUGUCAGAAAUUGGUUUUGGUAAAAGUGAGACAUACACGAAGUUAGAUAAACUUGGAGAGGGAACAUAUGCUACAGUUUUUAAAGGAAAAAGCAGGCUUUCUGAUGUUAUUGUUGCAUUGAAAGAGAUCCGUCUUGAACACGAAGAGGGUGCUCCAUGCACAGCAAUAAGAGAAGUGUCGCUGUUAAAGGACUUAAAACAUGCCAACAUUGUUACCCUUCAUGAUACUGUUCAUACAAUUAAUGCUCUCACUCUUGUUUUUGAAUAUUUGGAGAAAGAUUUAAAGUCUUAUAUGGAUGACUGUGGUGGCAUAUUAAGCAUGAAUAAUGUUAGGUUAUUUUUAUUUCAACUGCUACGAGGUCUACAUUAUUGUCACAGCAGGAAAGUCCUUCAUAGGGAUUUGAAACCUCAGAAUUUAUUAAUUAAUGAUAAGGGAGAACUCAAGUUGGCAGAUUUUGGUUUAGCAAGAGCAAAGUCAGUUCCCACUAAAACGUAUUCCAAUGAGGUCGUGACUUUAUGGUAUCGACCUCCAGAUGUGUUAUUAGGAUCUACUGAAUACAAUAUGUCUAUUGAUAUGUGGGGUGUGGGGUGUAUAUUUUUUGAGAUGGCCACUGGCAGGCCUAUGUUCCCUGGUGGAACAGCAGAUGAACAGUUAAAUCUUAUUUUCAAGCUCCUUGGUUGUCCAAAUGAAAAUGUUUGGCCUGGAAUACAAGAUAACAUCAAUUUUAAGAAAGGAAAUUUUCCUGACUUUCCACCUCAACCAUUGAUUAAUCAUUCACCAAGGCUCGAUGGAGAUGGAUUAAAUUUACUUUCAGGAUUUUUAGAGUAUGUUGCAAUCAAUAGAAGUUCUGCAGAAAAAGCCAUGAAACAUUCUUAUUUUAAACCGCUGGGAAAGGGAGCUGAAACUUUGAAAGAUGAUCAAUCAAUUUUUACAUUGAAUGGUGUAAAACUAUCUAAAGAUCCUGGAAAUACAAGUUUGGGUCGUUCAACUAUGGGAAAACGAAGACAAAGUAUGUUAUUUUGAACAUCCUUUACCCCGCCGUUAACGCUAAGUCAAUUAAAAACAAUUUUUUAACGAAUGUAGAUGUGUAAUAUAGAGAUUUUUAUGUAAUCAGUUUUUUGGGAAUAAUUCAGCAACUCUGACUGGGGUAAACGCUGUAGAGACGUGAAUUUUUACAGGAGGGGGAUGAGAAUUGAUGUACCAUGGACGGGGAGACUAGUACUUCCAAAUUGUGCAUGACGUCAUAGAACUCUCAACAAAUGAAAAAUUUUAUAUCAAUAAAACUUCAAGUGCUUUUUUCAAGCUUA